AUUAAUUCAUGAUGAAUGCAGAUAUGAAGAAAAUUCCUUUGUAAAACCUAGAGUUCUCGUUCCAACCUCUCGCAAUAAACCUCUCGCCAAAAUGUUCUUGCAAUCAUACAAACUUAUUUUAGCCUUCCUCACUUGGUGUCCUACGGAAGAUCUUUCGAGGUUUUCGUAGUCGCAGUUUUUGACAGAGGAGAAGCAGGAGGUCAUGGCUACGGCAAUGAUGAUGAUGCCCAGAGCAUCAGGCGUGAGCAAACUCAAGAAUUUCACCACUUUUUUGAAGGUAAGAAACCUGCAAAUCCAUGAUCAAUAUCACUCAAAUUUUUGCAGAUUUUUAAGCUUUCAAACAUCAAAAGAAGUACAUUAUAACGUUGGGUAUAAUCCUCAAAUGACAAUAUUUUUGAAACCCAUGAGCACGUCCGCUCUGCCAAACUCUACUUAUCAUGCAAACCCAACCAGCAGAAUCCAUGGUCACAUAACUAACAGUGCGGCUGAAGAGGAUUUAAGGAUUUUGGCCAAAGAAGGGAAGUUUAAGGAAGCCAUGGAUGCUUUUGCAAAUAUGGAAGUUAAAGGAACUCAUUUAGAUUCUUAUACUUAUAAUUGUGUGCUUCAAUGUUGUGCGGAUAAUAAAGCUCUAGGUGAGGGCAAAAGGGUUAUUGAGCAUAUGAAUAGGACUGGGUUUAAACCCGAUGUUUCUGUAAAUAACAGAAUCCUUGAGUUAUAUGGGAAGUGUGGCAGUAUACAGGAUGCACGACAAGUGUUUGACAAAAUGUCUGAACGAGAUUCUUCUUCCUGGAAUUUUAUGAUUGCUGGGUAUUCCUAUAAUGGGCUCGCCCAGGAGGCGAUGCAGACUUUUGGACAGAUGAAAGAGGGUGGUGUGAGACCGGAUGGGAAUAGCUUUCUUGGGGUUCUCUGGGCAUGUAGUAGACUGGGUUUGGUGGAUGAAGGAAAGCAGUAUUUCGAGUCUAUGAGCAAGGACUAUGGACUGUUGUAUUCAAUGCAGCAUUAUGUGUGUAUGGUUGACAUACUAGGUCGUUCUGGCCGGCUGGAGGAGGCAGAGGAGUUUAUCAACAAGAUGUCGGAGAAACCGACAGCUUUGGUUUGGAAUACCUUGCUGAAUUUCUGCAAAAGCCAUGGGAAUGCCGAGAUGGAGAAGCGGGUGGCUGACAAGGUUGCUCAAUUAGAUACCAAUAUGGCAGCUUUGCCUGUAUCCAACACAGGCAGUGCAGGUGAAAGAUAUGCUAAUAGAGGAGUUAGAAACAAUAGCCGAGACAUGGGGAGAGACACAGAUAUCAUGAAGCCCCCAACGCCAAAGGCAAGUAAUGUGCAUGAGUAUCGAGCAGGAACUUUGUCACAUCCGCAGAGGGAACAGAUCUAUGCAAAGUUGGAUGAUUUGAGUGGCAAGAUGAAGGAAGCAGGGUACGUGCCUGACACAAGGUAUGUUCUACAUGAUGUGGAUGAGGCACAGAAAGAGAUAGCUCUGAUGCAUCACAGUGAGAGGUUGGCAAUAGCAUUUGGACUUAUCAGUACUCCUCCAGGAACAACACUGCGGAUAAUAAAAAAUCUCCGAGUAUGUGGUGAUUGCCAUAAUGCCAUAAAGAUUAUGUCUAAAAUUACGGAGCGGGAACUCAUAGUUAGGGAUGCAAAACGUUUCCAUCAUUUUAAGGAUGGAAAAUGUUCUUGUGGAGACUACUGGUGAUGCAGAGAGAGUGGCUACAAUCGACACACAUUGUUAUUAUAUUUCCAGCGACGCCUUACUAAAAUAUAGGAGGUGAAGACGAGUCUAGCUUCUUUCUAAGUCUUAUUUUAAGCAUAUUAGAAUUUUGUUUCAUAUCACCAAGAAGCACUCAAUUCUAGGAAUUGUUUUCUUUUAGUUGUAUUGGCGGAUCAGGUAUGGCAUUAACGUGCUAUGUAAGUUGUUAUGUAGAUUUCUUACCAUUAAAGUAAGUAUUUAUAAACACAGGAUACUGGAUGGGUAUAACUUUCCUUGUACUUAUUUUACAUUUUGACUGUUUAUAAUCACAUGAAUUAAUGAGGGUAUCUCAUUGAGUCGUCUGUAUAAGAAGGCACAAUUUAAGGUUUGACGAUGUUUUUUUACCCCUUAUGAUCCUGCACAUUUGAACUGUAUUAUGGCUUUUAUGGCUGCUUCUGUCCAUGAAACUCAACUGUUUAAUGUUUGAUGGACGUUCACAUAAAUCAUCAAUUCAAUUGCUUUAUUGUGCUA